UAUUUUUCCAAUUUAUUUAUUUUUGGCAGUUAUUUUAAGCAUUUAAUCGACUGUUAUAAAAUUAUCAUAUCAUAUCAUAAAUUAUCAUAUCGUCUUGAUAUCAACAAGAAUGUUAAAUUUCAAUCUAUUAUCUUAUAACGUAAUGGCUAAUUUAAAAAACAGAAUAAAAUUAAGAAUAAAAUUAAAAAGAUUUUGCAAUAUUUAUUUAUAACUUUAAAAAAAUUAAAAAAGACUAUUUAUAAAAUUUCUUAUUAUACAAAAUAGCCCAAAAUAAUAUUAUCUAUACCUAUCUUAUACACAAUGUACAAUCUUUUUUUAAAUACAUUAUUUUUAUUUGAAUAUAGUAACUUGAUUGUCAAAAAUAAAUUUAUUUUAUUUAAAUCUAUCUUAGACUCUAAAAACUCAAUUAUUGUGAAAUAUAAAUUAAAUUUAAAGCAUUCUAUCAUAAUUUACAAGUGAUUUACAGACUUUAAAAAAAAUGCAAAUUUAAUCUAACGAUAUAAAAAAUAUUUAUUCUCAAAAAAAAAUUCGCAAUUUAUCAAUCAAAUGCAAUCACACCAGUAUCUAUGGUUUAUAUAAUAGUUAAACGAAUUAGUUUAUUUACCUCUAUUUUCAUUUCAUUUCCAUUUGCUGUUUAUUAUUUUUAAGAUUGCGUGCAAAGGAAGCCUAAUUUGCUUAGCACAAGAUCCAAAGUGGAAUUAAGCUUAAACGAUCGAUGGCGGAUAACAGGGUCCCGGGCGAAGGAAGAAUGCGAAGCAAGUACGGCCUGGUGUACAAGGUGGUAUAUAAGCCGGAUGGGUUUGUCUCGUGUUCCAAGUAUUACAAGAGCGAUAUCCACGUGUCGAGACUGUCAAUUCGUAAUGUUGCGCGCGACGAGCAUCUUCGUCCACGUUCGCCUACCUUCGGCCACCGGGUUUUUCCCCUUCCUUCCUCGCCUUUUUCAUGAGAACGUUGACUCCGAGGCGUGGCGCCGGAACUCGAGAAACGUCCUAGCCCGACGACCUCCUCGGAAAUUACGUGAGUCGACCGCGUUCCAUUCACAAUUGCCCUUACUAUCGUUAGAUCUUUGAUUCCCUCGCCCUUUCCCCUUCAACAUCGAUUCAUUAACUCAUUCAAUCUCGAUCCCUGAACCUCGAUCAAAUUUCCCGCCAUUUUUCUUUGCAUUAAUUUUCUUCGAAUCAAUUUUUCUUCGAAAUCGAUAAAAUAAAUAAGAUAAGUAGAUAAGAUAAAUUUUCUCCUCCCGUAAUUUUUGUUCUGGGAAACAGUGUGUAUGUACGUCUAUCUAAGAGACAAACGUUUCGAACAUUAAAAAAAAUUUGACAAAGAAAACAAAACGAAGAAAAUUUUUCUUUGUGGAAAGAAUAAAAUUUUUUUAUCAUGUAAGAUUUAUAGUUUAAGAAAAAUUAAUAAUUCUUGUUAAAAAGAUAAAUAAUAAAUAAUAAGUGAGUCACACUAUCAUUUUAUCAUUAUAGUGAAUGAAAAUUUUGUUAUCUGGUCCGAUAUCCAGAAAAAGAAAUUCGAAUGUGCUGAAUAAACAGGAAAUUAGAAACUGAACUUAUGAGCAUGUUAUUGAUCGGUGACCACUAGUGCGCCAGCGCAGCGCAAUCCUAAGGGCAAAACAGUAGCAAUCCACCCUCAUUCACGUUUUGUGCAGUGUUCUUGUGUCGUUCCAUCGUCCAUUCGCCGCUUUUAGUUUGACACUUUCAAAGUGUCAUCGCGCGUGGCUAACAUGUCUGGUGACAGGGACUAUAUUGGAUUUGCAACAUUACCCGAACAAGUGCACAGAAAAUCGGUUAAAAGAGGAUUCGAGUUCACUCUGAUGGUGUUAGGAGAAAGUGGCCUUGGAAAAUCUACUUUAAUAAACAGUCUCUUCCUCGGAGAUCUUUACAAAGACCGACGAAUUCUUGAUGCAGCUGAACGCAUUGAAAAAACAACAACGAUAGAAAAGAAGACAAUGGAUAUCGAAGAACGUGGAGUCAGGCUACGUCUAACGAUCGUUGACACACCAGGAUUUGGCGAUGCAGUAAAUUGUGAGGACACUUGGAAAGCAUGUUCAGCCUAUAUUGACGAACAAUUUCGACAAUAUUUCACGGACGAAAGUGGAUUAAAUAGGAAGAAUAUUCAAGAUAAUCGAGUACAUUGUUGCUUAUACUUUAUACCUCCUUAUGGUCACGGACUUAGACAAAUUGAUCUGGAAGUAUUGAAACGAUUACAUCGUAAAGUAAAUGUUGUCCCUGUAAUUGCGAAAGCGGAUACGUUGACUACUUAUGAAGUAAAAAAAUUAAAAGAACGAAUCCUUACUGACAUUGAAGAACACGAAAUUCAGAUAUAUCAAUUUCCGGAUUGUGAUAGCGAUGAAGAUGAAGAAUUUAAACAGCAAGACAAAGAACUUAAAGCGUGCAUCCCGUUUGCUGUAGUCGGUAGUUCAACAGUACUCGAAGUCGCGGGAAAGAAGGUUCGUGGUCGUCAAUAUCCUUGGGGAGUAGUAGAAGUGGAAAACCCGAAGCACAGUGAUUUCGUGAAAUUAAGGACAAUGCUAAUAUCUACGCACAUGCAAGAUCUGAAAGACGUCACGCAAGAUGUGCAUUAUGAGAAUUUCCGGGCACAAUGCAUUUCACAAAUUUCACAGCAAGCUAUUCGGGAACGGAGGUAUUUACGCAUUAAACUGAAAAGAGAUUCGGGUCCACAUUUCGAAAACAGUAUAUCAGACACAGAUAGACUACUUUUGCAGAAAGACGAGGAGAUAAGAAGAAUGCAAGAUAUGCUCGCACAAAUGCAAGAGAAAUUAAAAGCUACAGGACAAGUUGGUCCAGGAAUUGGUCUCAGAGGAAGAGUCGGCAGUCUUGGAAACGACUUAGAUGCCACGGAUGUCGAAAAGAAACGCAACAGUAUUAUAGAUGUUUAAGCUCUUAAUUAUAAUACUAGCAUAUAUUAUUAUUGUUGUAAUUUCAUUAUAUCGAACUUUUGAUUCUAUGUAAAUGCGCACAAGAUUAUCGAAACGUAUUUCAAAGGACGAGAAAGUUUUAUACGAGUACUAUUAUAGGAGUAUUAUUGAUGCAUUAUUAAAUUAAUCAUUAGGUGGUUAAUCAUGUUUACGAACAAGUUUUUACUUUUAUAUUUAUACUGCUUGUAUAGUAGUUAGAAUAUUAUCGUGUCACGUAAACUAUGUUUUAAUAUUAUUCACGACAUGAAAAGAUUGUAUUUGUAUCAUGGUAUAUUUAUAAAAAUGAAAAUAAUAGUAAAAGUAAAGGAAAAGUAUGAUAUAAGAGAAAAAAAAAUACGAACCAUUUUCUUUUUCUUCGUUAAUUAUUAUGUUAUUAAUAUAUCAAUUAUAUAUUUAAUCAGAAAAUUGUUUUUUCAAUGCAAUUUCUACAACAAUAAACAUAUAUUAUUUAUCUAAUAAA